GUCAGCCCAUUCUCCUCCCUGCUGUGAGAGCUGAGGUGCUGCCUGCAGCCCUAUGGCACCCAGUUCUGCCCACACGUUGCAGCAGGGUGGGCUGCUAGGGGCAGCUGGGGGUCUCCAUAAUCGUGUCCCUGGUCCCCACUGUCUGUACAGCAGUGGGGAGAGUUGGGCCGGUGGAUUUAAAGUGCGCCUGCAAGACUGACACUCUGUCCUCCCAAAGGAUCAUCUUCUCUACCCCAUUUGCUGUCAUCUCCUACUUCCUCAUCUGGUUCGUCCCAGACAUCUCCAGAGGCCAAGUGAUGUGGUAUCUCAUCUUCUACUGCAUCUUCCAGACCCUUGUGACGUGCUUCCAUGUGCCCUACUCCGCGCUGACCAUGUUCAUCAGCAGGGAGCAGAGCGAGCGGGACUCAGCCACUGCCUACCGUAUGACGGUUGAGGUGCUGGGCACCGUGCUGGGCACCGCCAUCCAGGGCCAGAUCGUGGGCAAGGCAGUUACCCCCUGCAUCGAGAACCCCCCCUUCCUGAGUGAGAACAACUUCUCAGCAGCCAUAAGGAAUGUGAACAUGACCCACUACAGCGGCUCGCUGGCAGACACGAGAAAUGCCUACAUGGUCGCAGCGGGAGUCAUCGGGGGGCUCUACAUCCUCUGUGCUGUCAUCCUAUCAGUGGGCGUGCGGGAGAAGAGAGAGUCCUCUGAGCUGCAGUCAGAUGAGCCCGUCUCCUUCUUCCGAGGGCUGAAGCUGGUGAUGAACCACGGUGCCUACAUCAAGCUCAUCACCGGCUUCCUCUUCACUUCACUGGCCUUCAUGCUCCUAGAGGGCAAUUUCGCCCUUUUCUGCACCUACACCUUGGGCUUCCGCAACGAGUUCCAGAACAUCCUCCUGGCCAUCAUGCUGUCGGCCACCCUGACCAUCCCCUUCUGGCAGUGGUUCCUCACCCGCUUUGGGAAGAAGACCGCUGUCUACGUGGGCAUCUCGUCCGCUGUCCCCUUCCUCAUCGUGGUGGUUGUCCUGGACAGUAACCUCGUCAUCACCUACAUCGUGGCGGUGGCGGCAGGGAUCAGCGUGGCAGCUGCCUUCCUCCUGCCCUGGUCCAUGCUGCCGGACGUCAUAGAUGACUUCAGGCUGCAGCACCCCGAGUCCCGCGGCCACGAAGCCAUCUUCUUCUCCUUCUACGUCUUCUUUACCAAGUUCACCUCUGGGGUAUCCCUGGGCAUCUCCACGCUCAGCCUGGACUUUGCGGGGUACCAAACGCGGGGCUGCUCCCAGCCCAGCGAGGUGAACGUCACCCUGAAGCUGCUGGUGUCGGCCGUGCCUGUGGGGCUGAUCCUGCUGGGCCUGCUGCUCUUCAAGCUGUACCCCAUCGACGAGGAGAAGCGCAGGGAGAACAAGAAGGCCCUGCAGGACCUGAGGGAGGAGAGCAACAGCAGCUCGGAGUCGGACUCCACAGAGCUGGCCAACAUCGUGUGACGCGCGGUGGGGCCAGGGGCCGCGGGCUGCCCGUAGUGUACAUUACACAGAUGGAGCCGCGCAGCCGAAGCUGCCGUUCCCGGCUCCGGGCGGAGCACAGCCCCCUCCCACGGCGGGCCGGGCCGUGGGCAGCGAACGUUGAUUGCACUGUGACCGUGCCACGGGCAGCUCGGCGCUGCGCUCCGUACAUACGACACUAAGUCAGGGAGCUGUUUGUUUUGUUGGGUUUUUUAUAUAGAUGAUUAACUUAAUGAUGUAAAUAUUAAACUUUGCUAUUUGUAUAUAAUGAACUGGGACUGAAUUUGA